AUGGCCACAAACAUCACCUACCACGCCAGCGCCGUCACCCGCUCCGAGCGCAGCGCCCUCCGUAACCAGCGCGGCCUCACAAUCUGGCUCACCGGGCUCUCCGCCUCGGGCAAAUCCACCAUCGCCGUGGAACUGGAGCACCAGCUGCUCCGCGACCGGGGCGUCUCCGCCUACCGGCUGGACGGCGACAACAUCCGCUUCGGCCUGAACAAGGACCUGGGAUUCAGCGAGAAGGACCGCAACGAGAACAUCCGGCGCAUCGCGGAGGUAGCGAAGCUCUUCGCCGACAGCGCCACCAUCGCCAUCACCUCGUUCAUCUCGCCGUACAAGGCCGACCGCGACACCGCGCGCAAGCUGCACGAGGUGCCGACGCCUGGCGAGGAUACGGGCCUCCCCUUCGUCGAGGUAUACGUCGAUGUGCCGGUCGAGGUGGCGGAGCAGCGGGAUCCCAAGGGACUGUAUAAGAAGGCGCGGGAAGGGAUCAUCAAGGAGUUUACGGGGAUUAGUGCCCCGUAUGAGGCGCCGGAUAAGCCCGAGGUGCAUAUCAAGAACUAUAAUUUGCCCGUGAGGGAUGCGGUUGCGCAGAUUAUUGCGUACUUGGAUGAGCAGGGGUAUUUGCCUCCUAAGAAGGAGUAG